GCGUGACGCAAUGACGCUCGUUUCGCUACUGAGCGCGGCAAACAAGACCAUCAUCAAAAGUUAAACGCAUCUGAAGCUCCCGGGGCGGAUAUAUUUAUUCUUUUAGUCAACUUCGCUGUUAUCGAAGUACAUGGCGUCGACGAUUAAAGGCCAGUUACAGAGCAGAAACCUGCCAUGGGUUGAAAAAUACAGACCUCAAACUCUUGACGAUUUAAUUUCCCACAAAGACAUUCUGAGCACAAUCCAGAGGUUCAUCAGCGAGGACAAGCUCCCCCACCUGCUGUUCUACGGCCCCCCCGGUACAGGAAAGACCUCAACCAUCCUCGCCUGCGCCAGGCAGCUCUACAAGGACAAAGAGUUUACCUCCAUGGUGUUGGAGCUAAACGCGUCAGACGACAGGGGGAUUGACGUAGUCCGCGGUCCUAUUCUGAGCUUCGCCAGCACCAGGACUAUUUUCAAAAAGGGCUUCAAGUUGGUGAUACUGGAUGAGGCCGAUGCCAUGACCCAGGAUGCCCAGAAUGCACUGCGGCGAGUCAUUGAGAAAUUCACAGAAAACACACGAUUCUGCCUCAUCUGCAAUUACCUGUCCAAGAUCAUCCCAGCUCUGCAGUCUCGCUGCACCAGGUUCCGCUUCGGCCCGUUGUCCCAGGACCAGAUGAUCCCUCGACUGGAGCACGUUAUCCAGCAGGAAAACAUUGACAUCUCCCCCGAUGGAAUGAAGGCCAUCGUCACUUUAUCGUCAGGCGAUAUGAGGCGAUCGCUCAACAUCCUGCAGAGCACCAGCAUGGCGUACGGGAAGGUCUCAGAACACACGGUGUAUACCUGCACGGGCCACCCCCUCCGCUCCGACAUCGCCAACAUCCUCGACUGGUGCCUCAACAAAGACUUCACCUCAGCCUACAAACAAAUUCUUGAGCUGAAGACUUUGAAGGGUUUGGCUCUCCAUGACAUUCUCUCUGAGGUGCAUCUGCUCAUCCACAGAGUGGAUUUUCCUCCUGCCAUUCGGAUCGGCCUCCUCAUCAAGUUAGCUGACAUAGAACACCGGCUGGCGGCAGGAACCAACGAAAAGAUCCAGCUGAGCUCUAUGGUUGCAGCUUUCCAGGCUGUGAGAGACAUGGUGGUCAGCGAAGCUUCAUGAAGGAGUUCAUUUGUGCCCUGUGGCGCAAAACCUGCGUCCCACAUUGAAUAUUCUGACUUUAAAUCACAACUCUGCGACAUAUUGACCAAAAGCUUUUAUCUGAUGAGGUCGUCAAUGUGAGACAUUAUGCAACUGAGAGCGUUCAGUCAUCACCUCUUUUUUUCACGGUAUAAUCACUUGCAGGAAUAAAACGGUAAUCUUUCAGGCCUCUGUUGGAUGAUUGGCCACCACUUCUACUCCGGUGCAGCGCUGGACGUCCUAAAAAACACCAGGAGCUACCAGAGUCACUCAGAUCUGCACAGAAACGGAGACGCUGGGCUGUAAUUUGU